GACAAGGAGGGAGUGCAAUUGAUGUCCUCAAAUUUGUCUUCAAAUCAUUCUUCCUUAUUUACCAAAGAUACAGGCACACAAAUGUCCUCGAAUUCAAACUCUCCAACAGAUAUUAGCAUAACAGCUGAUUCCAGUCCUGCCGAAGGAAUUUUGACGCAAUAUCGUGUACAAGAACGAAGAGCUCGCUCUUACUUUACUGCCGCGGAAAUUAGCCAUAGUCAAGGGAUUCGGGGUAUUAUACCUGUCAAAGAGAACAAGUCACGUGCAAACUGGUGUUCUUUUAUUGUCGCAGUGGGGAAUAAAUUGGGAUUUCCACAAAAUACUAUAACCACGGCCCAGAUACUUUUUAAUCGGUUUUACUUGUUUCAUCCCGAAAAAGAUUUUUCCACGCAAAAUCAAAAAUCUGAUGUAAGCGUGACAUGUUUGUUUGUUGCAACAAAGAUCGAAGAGACCUAUAAAAAGCUUAGAGAUAUACUGAUAGAAGCGUAUAAAGUCCGGCAUCCCGAAGUUUCUGAUGUUAACGGUGAUGCUCAGCCUAUCGAAGACCAAAGACGCCGCGUAAUUCAGCUCGAGCGACUGGUCGUGGAGACCAUAU